GCAAUAGUAUGCCAUAAUAACGUUUCUUUUUGUGCAAUGAAUCAUUCAAGUUUCAAUGAAUAUUCGUCAGGGUUUUUCCACCAUGUCUCUUUUGCGUAUCGGUUUACAUUCUAUUUAACAAAGCAAAGCAGCCUGAUAAACAUAACCAAUUCGCUCGUUUUGAUUAAGUUUUAGAAACGGAGGCAAAAUGUCAGGGCAGAAAGAAAAAUACGCACGCGUUUCUUUCUUUUUGAAAGAUGUUAAAACAAACAAAAUAUACGCCGUGACGCCCAGCCAUGUGGCAAAUUUCAUAAACGACAAAGCUUUUCUGAAAACCGAAAACGGAAAGGUUGUUUUGGUGAAGCGAUUAAAGUGUGAGAAUAUACUUACCAAGGAAAACCUUGCAAUCAUUGAAGUGGAACAUUGUGAUCUAAAAAAUAUUUCAAACAAAGUAGUCACUGACUCUGGUCCUUCAAGACAAAUUGCAAUUUAUAAUGGAACGAAAAACGAAAUAUAUGGAAAACCCGUUUUUAAAUGCGUAUAUUCUACUACCGAAAUCAAAACCGCUACAGAACAUACAGCUUAUAUCGCGUCACGUGAAGAACACCGUGAAAAAAGUUACCUAGAAAAUGAAAAAUUCUUCUUCAUUAAAAACGAAGCAACACCGUUUUCGCGUCCAGGUGACAGCGGAGCUCCAGUCUGCUUUCAAAGUACGGAACAAAGCAGUGACGUGAUAGUUGUGGGAAUUAUUUCCGGGGGAGAUGACGAUUCCACCAACUGCCUGUACCUUCCCAGAGCAUUCGAAGGUCUUUGCAAUCGUUAUCCUGAGAAGCAAUUUUCCCUAUUGAUUAACAACAAUAACUUUUCUUUUUUAAUACCAUGUGGAAGUAAACUGUUUAUUUAUUAUACACCAGAAUGCCUGGCGCCAGAAAGUUUUGAUCUGGCUCAGAGAGUGAAAAUUGACACAAGUUGGGAUUUGUAUCAGGUAGAAAAUGACCAAACAGUCACAAUGAGUCUAAGCAAGUUAAAGGAGCUACGAAUGCGUGUAAACCAGAGAUUUAACUGCGAAGACUUAGCAAUUUUUGAAAACGACGAUCCCAUUUUCUUGGCUUUUUACUGUAGAUUAUACGCAUGCGAUUGCUUGUAUGACGGAAAACGUGACGAAGCCGAGUUGCGCUUGAAAACAGCCUUGCGAUGCGCUGAAAAGCAUGCGUAUCUCAGUAUACAUUUCUUUCCAAAACUAUUAACGAUAAUAACCUGGUUGUUCCUCGAACAGAACAAGCUGGACACAAUGAUUGAAACACUUGACGUGUCCAAAGAGUUUGCAAAUGACCACACACAACUGAGUGGUUUUCCUGUUGAAGUUCAGCCGUAUUUAUACUACGACUCAAGUCGCUGUAAUAGAGCCUUAUAUGAACAAAUGGUGAAGGCUGGUAACCAGGUUAGUGUUGCAGCAUAUAGACAUAAAGCUAUUCAGAACGGCCGUGUAGCAUGGAAUUUGAUAUCAUGUGUUUACUUACAUAGUAAAAACGAUGAACAUUUGGACAGAUACGUAUUGAUUGGGUGUGAAUUUGCUGUGACCCUUCUCGGAUGUGGUGGGGAAUUUGAAUGCAAAAUUCAGACUGUUGACGGAGACCAUUUACAAGAAGCGGAAGUUGUUCUUAGUAAACUGCACAGUCAUAUAUCGGAUGUUCCUCUUGUUCAGCAAUUAGUAUACAAUCAGGCAAUGUGCGAUUUGAAUUAUCGAAAGCAAAAUGUAAGCGAAGCCCAUCAUUUUGCAAAGAUUUAUGAGCAGCUUGCAAAAGAGGCGAACAACUACGAAACACAUCGAGCAAGGAUGAGAGUUGAUUACAUUCGUCAAUUGCUUCAAAGAAGGGACGUGAACUAGAGAAGAUUCGGUAAACAUGAGUCUGUGCUAAUGGCCUAUGUAUCUGUGAAAGUGGACAAUAAGCUACCUAUGUGAAAAAACUCUUUUAAGGAAAGGACAUAAUUUAUUUAAAUAUGCUAAAACAAUACAGACAAUACAGGUAAUUUUCCCAAUCUUCUCUGUAUAAUAAAACCUUACCUGCGGUAUCAACUGGCAUGAUCAGAAUGAGGAAGUUUAACAGAAAGUGCUUAAUGCAUAUCGCGUUUUCUUUUGCAUUUCAUUUACUUUCAAUUUGACUCAUACCAACACAUUAUAUUUACUCACCUUUUUAAAGGAUGAUCAUUUAUGAGACAACGUAUAAUGCCUGCAUGAGAAUAAAAAAAAAUCGUCAAGAAAAAAGCAC